AUGUCAAUGGAGGGAGAAGUCGAGAAGAAUGUCCAUUACAUCGACGUCUAUUUGGGGAACGUGACCGGUCUUCGUCCUGUCUUCUCCAGUUCCGAUGUCGUCCUGAAGGUGGAGUUCCUUUCGGAAUGUCUUUUGGAAACGGAGAAGCUUCAUCUGGAUGAAAUCAUUGAGAUCAAUACCAACGUCAGCCUGUGUGUGGACUUCGAUGAUCGCUCCAGCUUCGAUCGGUACAUCACCAAUCCGUUGGUGCUCACUGUCACGGAAAUCGAAUCUGAGGUGACAGCAAACGAAGAUAUUCCACCGUCGGGGAAGGCGUAUUGGAUGUCCGAAGAGAGUGUUCUGGACCUACAGGAGGCGUUGGAAGGACUAAAACAAACGGCUAGUAAAAAGGCUAUCUCUAAAACUACACCGAAAUCGUCAUCGUCCAAGAAGAGCCGGGACAAAAUGUCGAGGGAGAAAACUUCUAGCAGAGGAAGCAGAUCUUCGAAGACUAGAAAAUCUAAGGAGAAGUCGGAGGUCAAGGUUAAAUUGGAGCUGCCCAAGAGCGAUAAACCCAAGGGACCGCAGGUGGCAGGAAUCGGAAUAAUCGAUUUGCUUCCACUGUUUUUAGGCGAGGAAUUGAUAGAGGAGAGCGUUUUGCUUAAAGGCGAUAAAAAGUUGAUGCUCGAUGAUCGUUUGAGAUCCGUGAUGAAUCUACCUAAAAUCGAAGUGGAAAUUACGAUAGACGCGCCGAUUCCAAGCGGAGAAAUUUGCAGUUUGACGAUUGAAUCUAUCUACAAUUUGCCAUCGGUGAUGGCGCAGGAAAUGAAGUAUCAAUUGUGCGUUGAUAUACCGGCAAGUAGCAAGCAGUUAAUCAACUUUAAAAAUUUCAAGUACAUGCAGGAGGCUCGAAAACAAAUUCAGAACAAGCUGUGGUUCGACUCCGAUAUAGAGACUAAUUACUGUUUGAAUCUGAACAUGGAAAAGGUGAAGAACAGUUUGGAUAGGCCACUCGAUGAAGCUAUAGCUACCGACUUUCCUAGAUUGGAAUAUAAUCAGAUGAAACGAACUUUUGCUACACAAGACGAUUUAGACGCUUUUAAACGGAGAAUCUCUAAGUAUCAUUGCAUUGGGAUUGAAAUCUACAUGCAGAAGGCUGAAGCUCAGCCGGGAGUUUCAGUAGCUUCGGUGAAGAGCAAGAAGAGUGCCAAAGAAAAGGGUAGUAGUAAAGGGAAAAGUUCUAAAAGUGCUGCGGAGCCUGCACCACAGAAAUCCGAAGAUUAUCUACACUUGAUGGCCUAUGUGGAUUUAUGCAGGUUGCUGUAUCCGGGUGAGAAAUCGGUCAGAAUUGCGUGUCCGGUGAGGACUUAUCAAGGAGAUGAGAUCGAGAAGAAAACCGGAUUGAACGAUUCGUUCUUCAGGCCAAAACCGCCGCCGCCGCCUCCAGUUGUUCCCAAAGCGGAUAAAAAAGGAAAAAAAGGGAAGGAAGGUAAAAAGGAGAGCAAGAAAGGUAGUAAAAGCAGUAAGGGUAAAGAUAAGUCUAGUAAAUCUAGCAAGGGUAAGAAAGGUAAGGGUAAUACGGGCGAUCUUAAGGUGAAAUUGGUACCGCCGCCACCACCUCCAGAGCCUAGUCAAUUGGUUUACAGUGAUGAAGGGAACCCGACCUUCCUCAUAGUUGAAUUAUCUUUUAACAAAGCUUUGAUUCCGCCUAAGGAAUUGGAAGAUUUGACCGAUCAAUUGCACGAUAUAAUCGAGAGUGCGCGUCCGAACCUGAUAUUGACGAAGGAUAUCAGAUCGCCAAAGGUUACUGAUGAGUUGUUCAGAAAUACGCUGAAGGAAUGCGCCAAAGAUUUGAAGAUACAAUUUCAGAAUUAUCGCACUGAGAGUAUAUUAGGAGACAACGAGAAGGUUUUUAUCAACUAUUUGCAAAGGAAAGGUGCUUAUCAAACGUACAUGGCCUCUCUGAUACGCGCUGCAACUUGCUACGUUGGUUCCUCGUAUGAAUACGAUUCGAAUUGUUCCACCAACGAAUUCCACACUUUUAUAUCAAACGUUUACGUGGAUUUGGUGGAGAAGAUUAAUAAGGUGGUCACGGAGCUAUAUCGUGUUGGCGCUGGCGUUGAUGAUAACGUUCCUAGUAGAUCGGAAGAACUGUUGGUGUACGCUCAUGAAGCAAUAGACUUGAAUGCAGUUGGUUUAGCGAAUCGUUACUUGCUGGAGCGGAUCUGCAAGGAAGAGACUAAUCCGGACUUCUGGUUCGAUUAUGGAGUAUAUCAUAUGCACAUCAGGGAAGUUGAGAAGGCCAUGGAAUGCGCUUUGGAAGCUUUGAGGAUUAACGUUACUCAUGGGAAUGGUCUGAUUUUGUACGCGUUACUCCUGACCAGGAAGAACAAGAACCACGAGGCUGAAACAUGUCUUUUAAACCUGACCUUAAACUAUCCUGCUUGGGUUGAGGGUUGGGGAGCACUCUACUGCGUGUAUUAUAAAAGGAACAACGUGGAGGGAAUGGAAGUAGCUCUUGAGAUGGCUUCUAGGGCUUUGGACCGUCAAGAAUUGGAACCGACGAAGGAUUACGUUUGGACCAAUAGGCAUAUACCUAAUACUGUUGCCUAUAGGACUUGCUGCUUCUUCAUUUCGAUGAGGCUCUUCGACGAAGCUGAAAUCAUGCUAUGUUUGGAGAUUGCCAAAACGUACUCGCAUAUUAACGAGUAUUUGCUUGCAGUGAUCAGCUAUUAUAAAGAGGAUUACGAUCACGCUAUAACUCAUAUUGAUAACGCUGUCGCUACAGGGGGUUGCGAUUACAUUACCUGCACUUUCAGAGGGCAUGUGAAUGUGGCUAUGGGGAUGAUGCAGUGCGCUUUGGAGGAGUACAAUAAGAUCUUCGAUUUCUUCUCGCAGCCGGAUGAGAACUUCCUUUACUUUGUUUACAUAAAGAGCGGUUUGUGCUACAGCGCUUUGGGUGAUGAGCAGAAGGCUCGCAUCAACAUACUUCAGGCCUGCAAGGUUAAUGGAUCGGCUUACGCUUGGUUAUGCGUCGGUGUUUUGUUCUAUUAUCAGCACGAUUUCUUACGGGCUGAAGAGAGUUUGGGUCAAGCAAACGCGCUUGACAACAGGAUGCCCGAAACUUGGGCUUACCUCACGCUGACCAACGUAAAAAUGGGGAAACAGCACGAUGCGAACAUGUGCUACCAUCAGGUCAUCAUGAAUAACCUGCAGAACGAGGAGUUGUUGGGGACCAUCAAGGAGGCUCUGGACGAGUUGAACGUCAAGUUCGAGGAGCAAUGAAAGACGAUCGAUUGCAUGC